UGUGUUGUCACUUGCGAGUGAAUCCUGUUGAGUUCCAAGUCUGUUAGAGGAUCUGAAGCUGACAGCAAGAUGGCACCACUUUUUAAGAACCUUUGUUCUGUCUCACUCUGGAUAACAAUCAUACCCCUUUUUGGAUUUCUGUGCGAUGGUGGCAAAAUCUUGGUGGUGCCUUUGGAGGGAAGUCACUGGUUGAACAUGGACAUCCUCAUCAAGGCUUUACAUGGAAAAGGGCAUAGCAUUGAUGUAAUACGUAACACCAAUAGCUGGUAUGUCAAGGAGAAAUCUGAUUAUUACAACUCCAUAACCAUACCACAAUCCAAAGGAAUGGACGAAGAAUUUGUAGACGACAUGAUCUCCAAAGUAAUCAACCAUGAAAGAGGAAAAAGCUCCUGGCUGAGCACUGUAAAGUUGUUUUUUGAUUCAGUUAUAGACAAUUAUGAAAUGACUAAAAUGGUAUGCGAUAUUACAACGAGCAUAUUCGAAAGUGAGGAAAUUCUGAAAACACUACAGGAAAAGCAGUAUGAUCUGAUGCUCACUGAUCCAGUAUGGGGUAUGGGCAUCAUUCUGGCUCAUAAACUCAAGUUACCCAUGGUCUAUAAUGUGAGAUGGACUACUACUGUAGAUGGACACUUUAACAUAGCUCCCUCGCCAAUGUCCUACAUCCCAAUUACAGGAUCUGGAAACACAGACAGAAUGAGCUUCUUCCAAAGAGUGAAAAAUAUAAUCUUUUAUUUCACAAAUGAUAUUAAAUACAGCCGUUUUAGUUUGCCACAGUAUCAAGCAAUUUGUGAUAAAUAUUUCGAUCCACCUGUAGAUUUUUAUCAACUUCUGCAGGGGGCUGAUAUAUGGCUCAUGAGGGUUGAUUUUGUUUUUGAAUUUCCACGUCCGACAAUGCCAAAUAUCAUCUACACCGGUGGCUUCCAGUGCACUCCAGCAAAGCCCCUUCCACAUGAUCUGGAAGACUUCAUGCAGAGUUCUGGAGAUCAUGGAGUCAUCGUCAUGUCUUUAGGUACAUUUAUUAGUGCAUUGCCAGAAGAUGUAACAGCAGAAAUAGCUGCUGCUUUUGCCCGGUUGCCUCAAAAGGUUAUUUGGAGAUACACUGGAAAGAAGCCAUCUACUUUGGGCAACAACACAUUAUUAGUUGACUGGAUGCCACAGAAAGAUCUUCUAGGACAUCCAAAAACUAAAGUCUUUGUUGCGCAUGGUGGAACCAAUGGGGUUCAGGAAGCUUUGUACCAUGGUGUUCCAGUGGUUGGAAUUCCUUUCUUUUUUGACCAGUAUGACAAUCUCAUUCGAUUACAAGCAAGAGGUGGAGCCAAGAUAGUCUCCCUUGCAGAAUUAGGUGAAAACUCACUGCAUGCAGCAAUAAAGGAAGUAAUCAACAAUCCAUCCUACAGGCUGACUAUGCAGAAGCUCUCUCAAUUGCACCUAGACAAGCCAGUCAAACCGUUGGACAGCGCCAUCUUCUGGAUUGAGUUUGUAAUGAGGCACAAAGGUGCUGCUCAUCUCCGUACAGAAUCCUACAAAAUGCCUUGGUACUCCUAUCACUCCGUAGAUGUUGCAGUUACACUGAUUGCAGUUGUUUUGAUAUUCAUCUUCUCCAUAUUUUAUGUAGUUCGAUAUGUGUGCAUUAAGUGCUGCAGCAGAAAACGGAAAACUGAGUGAGAGAUCAGCUUUAGUCCUUGCACUUAACUGCUCUGCAUAUUUAUUUAAACACUGAUUCAGACAAGUUCAGAAUAGAGUUCCAUGUGUGAAUUGUGGUGCGAUUGGUAGGUUCCCUAUAGUGUUCAUUGCUCCCUAGAUCUACACUCUAAUGAAUGACGCUUAUUAGAGAAGUGUGACCAUAAUAUACAAAUAUCAUUUCAAUUUGCAUAUCGCAAAGUAAAAUGCCUUAAAAAGGCACGUGCUCCAUCAUGGUGGAUUAUAUAUAUAUAUAUAUAUAUAUAUAUAUAUAUAUAUAUGGUCACAACAAACACCUAAUAAGAGAAACAUACAACAUGUGAAGAGUAGUAAAGGGUGUGAGGACUGAAAUUAAGAAACAAGAUGACAUUUGAUUGUUUCGUGUAAUAUGUAAUGAAAAGCAUUUCCUCAUUAAUUUAUUGAAUUUAUUACAUUGCCUGGGAAAAUGAAUGAUCUUCAUCUACUUUCUAUUGUUUUAAAUCAUCUGGCACUUUAUCAAACCAGUGUUCAGAGAAUUCUGCAGAGAGAAUUCAACAAUAUAUAUAUUUUUUUUCACGUGAGAACACUUUCUUUGAAUUUCAUACCGAAGCACACUUCUAAAGACAAGAUUUGAUUGUUGACCUUGGUGCUAUUUUAUGAAAAGCAUUUCUUGUUUUUCAUGCCUUUCCUGAUUAUGUUUAUCUACUUUCUUUUUAUUUUUUUAAUCAUGUGGCCUUUUAUAUUUCACUUAUGUCCAGAGAAUUAAAUUCUCAUUAAUUAUUUUUCUUGUUAGAUCACUUUUCUUUUAAUUUCAAACUGAAUCACGCUUUUAAAGUGUGCUGUUCAGUUGACGCAUGUCCAAAAUCCUGUUUUGCCACCAUAAAAUUAUCAGCUUUAGAAGCUUGACUCUUUUUAUACAUUUGCUUAAUAGCCUUUAAGGCAGAGAUGUGUAAAUUUGUUCAUGGAGGACCAAUGUCUUACACACUUUAGCUCCAAACCUAAUUAAACAUCUGAUUCAGCCAAUUUUCAUUCGAACACCCCAAAUGUUUUGAUUGUUUUUUUGUUUUUUUUAUCAGAUUUUUGCAAUGAAAUGCAAAUGAAAUGUUUGAUUAUAAUUUUUUGCUUUAAAUCAGAAUGUAUAAUGUUUAAUUUCAAUGUGUUAUUGACAAUAAAGAAAAAUAUCCAAAAAUA